AUGGAUGAGAAAGCAACACAAUCAGCGUUGGAGCUUUCGCAGAAAGCCAUUUAUUACGAUCAGGGCAAAAAGUAUGAAGAGGCAAUAUUCUGCUACACUGAAGCUGGAAAUCAACUUUUGAAACUGGUUCAAGGGAAAAAAUGUUUAUCCAUUUUUCGCAAAAACGUUAUGGAAUGUAUCAAUAGAGCUGAAUUUUUGAAGUCUAAUAUCCAGGAUUUGCAACUACAGUACCCGCCUUCAAGAGAUGAUAUCCUUCAUAAUGUUGAUUUUUUGAUGAUAAAAGCUUCAGUGUUUCAAAGCUGUGAAGACCAACUGGAUGAAUCAAGAGAAAUAUAUGAAUCUGUAGUUGAGCAAUGUCUCGGUGCCUCUAAGAAUCGUGCACUCCCACAAGAAACGUUAAAAAGGUUGAGAGUCACAGCAGAAGGAGCUUUGAAAUGUAUAGAAGAUCUGGUCACUCUGAAAAAGAAGGUUACUGAAGUCGAACUACUGUUCCCAGAAGUUCCCGUCGACGAUCUCUCCAAAUUGAACAUUUCCGAACAUUCGACACCGUCACCUUCCACAAAUCACCAGCCGUUUAAAACAACCCGUCAAGUUCCGGUACCUCCUUCACCUUCUAACUCUCAAAAGUUCACAAAAGAGGAGCUUGAUGUGCUCUCAACAACCUCAAACAUCAAUGGUAAACUCUACGUUCCGUUUCAUAGUUACGAUAAAGUGAAUGAAUUCAAAGGACAGAAUGGUAAAUUCACCGAUCCAGAUGGACAUAUUGGCUUGACUCAAAAACAAAGACUGAAGUUGAAGGGAUGGAAACGUGUCAGUGAUCUAUUCGAGCACCCAACCAUCAUUUCUUCUAUUGACUGUAAUACCAUCAAACAGACCGUCAUUUCUGAUUGUUCUUUCAUUUCUUCACUAUCUAUUGCAGCUCUUUACGAGAAGCGUUUCAAAAAGCAACUUGUUACAAGCAUCAUUUAUCCACAAGAUGCACACGGAAAACCAAUUUACAACCCAGCAGGAAAGUACAUGAUCAAAUUUCACAUCAACGGUGUUUGGAGAAAGGUAGUUAUUGAUGACUAUUUUCCUGUUGAUGAAAAUAAUCGCAUGAUGUGUUCCCAAACUGAAAAUAAAGGAGAGCUUUGGGUGUCUCUCCUCGAGAAAGCAUACAUGAAGGUUAUGGGUGGAUAUGAUUUUCCUGGAUCUAAUUCGAACAUUGACCUAAAUGCAUUAACCGGAUGGAUACCAGAAAGAAUCGAAUUGAACGAAUCCAAUAAAGCUGAUCCUGACGCUAUAUUCCGAAAACUGUUCGACAGAUUCCAUCGCGGGGAUUGCUUGAUUACCUUGGCUACUGGUAAAAUGACGGAAGAAAUGCAAAAACGCUCUGGACUAGUGGAAACGCAUGCUUAUGCAGUCAUCGAUAUACGAAGUGUUGAGAACAAAAGACUAUUGAAGGUGAAAAAUCCAUGGACGCACUCUCGUUGGAAGGGCAACUUCUCCGAAAAAGACAAGUUAAAUUGGACUACCAAAAUGAAGAGCUCAUUGGUAUAUGAUCCAGAAGUAGCAGCAACGAAAGAUGAUGGGAUCUUCUGGAUUGAUUACGAAUCUGUUCGACACUUCUUCGACGUCAUUUAUGUGAACUGGAACGCCGAUUUGUUCCCAUUCACAUCUGUUUAUCAUGCAACUUGGAAACAAGACACUGGUCCAGUAAGAGAUGUCUAUACCGUCGGUGAUAAUCCUCAAUACAAGUUAACUGUGAAACUGAAUGAGAAGACUACAGCUGCUGCUGUUUGGAUUCUAUUGACUCGUCAUAUUACGGCUAUCGAUGACUUUGCAGUCAACAAAGAAUUUAUCACUUUGAUCGUUUAUGAAACUGGUCAAAAAAUUUAUAUUCCCACCAAUCCUCGUCCAAUUUCUGAUGGUGUUCGAAUUAACAGUCCUCUUUAUCUAUGCCAGCUGCUUGAUACGAAACCGGGCAUCAAUAAUUAUACACUAGUAGUUGCUCAAUAUGAAAAGACAAACACAAUCAAUUAUUCCCUUCGUGUAUUCUCCACUACGGAUAUCAUCUUGGAACCUGUAAAAUUGCCGUAUACAAUCACAAAAACUACACGUGGUAACUGGGAUGGCUCUGAAAAGCACCCUGUUAUGAAGCUCGUUCUCCAUUCGAAGACAGAUGAUAAUUCUCUGUUUAUGGAGCUGAAAGCUCCAAAACAAUUUUGUGUCAAUUUGGAAAUGAAACAGCAUUCUUCGGACCGUACCAUUUUUCUCGAGACGAAAAGUACUGGAGCUUAUCGUCCAGGGUAUACUGUGCUCACCGUUGAUAAAGUUCCAGCGGGAACUUACUAUGUGAAAGCUGCUACAUACACUGCUGGCGAGAAAGGUCCAUACAUUCUACGCGUUGAUUCGACUUGCAAGUUUGAUUUCGAUCCAGUAAAAUUGUAA